AGGCGCUCCUCUCCACAGACCUGACUCUCUCUAACCCCAGGACUGACCCAGACCUUGUGAAGUCCUGGUUUAGACCUGCUUUAGACCUGGUUCAGUUUAAAGUCCUGACUCGGCGCGCAAACUGUAAAAUAAACCCAAAACCGAACCCAGAACCAGAUGGCAAACCUCAGACGACACUAGCUGUUCCCCUCCCCGGACUUGUCGUCUCUUUUCGGGCAGAUUUUGAUCCGUUUCGAGGCUCCAGACCCCGGGGAGCCAUGGAGAAGGUGCCCCGGCCCUGCGCGCACAUGCAGCCGGCUUUCCUGCCUCUCUCCGGGCAUGGAGUGCUCAAGUCUCUGCUGGAGAACCCGCUCAAACUGCCUCUGCACCACGAAGGUCCGGUUCAGCUCCAGGAGAAGCACAAGUCUCUGGAGGACGAGGACAGAGCCGCUCCUCAGUCGGCGUUCCUCGGACCGACGCUGUGGGACAAGACGCUCCCGUACGACGCCGAGGGUUUCCAGCUCGAGUACAUGGACCUGGACGAGUUUCUGUACGAGAACAUCCCCCCUAGCCCCGCCCACGGCCACGCCCACCAGCACGAGCAGCCGAUCGCGGCGCAGAACGGAAACCUCCGCCUCGAGCAGCCCAUAAUAAGCCCGAGUAACGUCAGUCAUCACCAGCAGCCAAUCACGGGCCAGACACACGCCCACCUCCUCGAGCAGCCAACUGCGGACCAGAACGGCGCCGUCAAUCAUCAUCAUCACCAUCAUCAGCCAAUCACGAGCCAGAACAGUCCCAUCAAUCACCUCCACCAGCCAAUCCUGACCCAGAGCUCUCCCCAAGUCCCGCCCACCGCACACCGACAGCCAAUCCUGAGCCAGAACCACCCGCCAAUCAUCUCACAAGUCCCGCCCACCGCCCUGCGACAGCCAAUCAGCUCCCAGGUCCCGAGCAAAGGGAUGGACCGAAGCCACGCCUCCACCUCCAGCUGCCUCCACCAGAGCCCCCCUCCCCCAGGCCUGUCGGACCAGAGGAGCACUCCCAGUCCCAUAGACCCGGACUCGAUCCAGAUCCCGGUGGGAUUUGAGCCGGACCCGGUGGACUUGGCCCUGUCCACGGUCCCGGGACAGGAAGUGUUCGACCCGACGAAGAGACGCUUUUCCACCGAAGAACUGAAACCACAACCCAUGAUCAAGAAAGCCCGAAAAGUCUACAUGCCCGAAGACCUGAAGGACGACCGUUACUGGGCGCGGCGGCGUAAAAACAACAUGGCGGCGAAGCGUUCCCGUGACGCGCGGCGGCUGAAGGAAAACCAGAUCGCCAUCCGGGCGGCGUUCCUCGAGAAGGAAAACUCCGCCCUCCGACAGGAAGUGGCCGACCUCAGACAGGAACUGGGACGAACCAACAACGUCCUGUCCCGGUACCAGGCCCGGCACGGACCCGUCUGACCCACAAGUGACCCACA